AUGGGUCUCUUGUCGUCGUUUGCCUCCUCCAAGAACGUCCAAGUCUACGCCCUUCCAACGGGGUGGGUUCAUUUACCGGACAAAUGGCUAUUUGAAGACGGCGACGAUGAUAUUAUCAAAGUGCGAAAUCGCUUUCCCGACUAUAGUUUCCUCAUAUGCCAUCCCUCGGGAAAGAAUAUUAUGUUUGAUGUUGGUUUACCAAAGAACCUAGAUAUCAUUCCGCCACUCAAUAGAUCCUUGGAUUACAUCUUCGAGUGUCAAGUCCCCAAGGAUGUGCGCGAUCUGCUUUCCGAGGGUCCAGUCUCGCCAGACUCCCUCAGCGCCAUCGUCAUCAGCCACAUUCACUUUGACCACAUUGGCGACCCCUCGACAUUUCCCGAUACUCCUUACAUCACAGGGCCGGGAACAAAAGAGGGUGCAUUGCCAGCGUAUCCCACUAACCCGAAUUCCACGAUGCUGGGCUCGCUCCUCGAGCGUGACAACUACACGGAGCUGAGCUGGACCAACGACAAGUGGACUUCCCUAGGCCCUUUCUCAAACGUCCACGACUUCUUCGGCGAUGGUAGCUUCUUCAUUAUUGACACUCCAGGUCAUCUCCCAGGCCACAUCAUGGGAUUAGCCCAGACCAAGCCCGAUGAAUGGGUCCUCUUGGGUGGUGAUUGUUGUCAUCAUCGCAAUCUGCUCAAUGGCAGCCGCCAAGUGAGCCUCACAGGAUGCCCUGGCGGAACCAGCAUACAUCACGACACAGCUGUAGCUAUCAAGUCCAUUGAGAGACUCAGAAAGCUAGACCAAGACGAGACUGUAUUCGUGGCGAUUUCGCACGAUGCGACUCUGGAGGGGAGGAUGCCCGAGUAUCCCAAGUCCUUGAACGGGUGGCGGGAGUCGGCGUGGUGGGAUUCAAUGCGUCAGGAGAGGAUGCUCUCAACAGCCGCGUGA